GAGUGGCCUUGUGGGCUAGUCACGGAGGCGCUAUGCCUGAAAUUCUGUCAGGCUGGAGGAUGUUACUCGGGGAGGGGCCAUCCAAGGCCGGCUUAGAAGGUGCCUGCAAGAGCCCGGCACAGGCUUGUAAUAGCAGCAGUCAGGAGGCUGAGGCAGGAGGAUUGCUGCGAAUUCGAGGCCAGCCUGAGAUACAUAGUGAGUCUCUGUCUCCAACAGCAACAACAGCACCACCAUCAUCAUGGAAGAAGCCAUCAUCCAUCUACAUGAGGCAGAUUACGCAGUGACCGAGAGCCGCGGUGGUGUGGACGGCGUGCAGAGGUUCUCCUCGCUGCCCGCCUACCUCCCUGCUGACUUCCGCGUCGUGGGUGCCGACCAGGCCUUCUUCCUGAAGGAAGCUGACCAGGACCUCACACGGAACUCCAGUCUGCAGGCCCGGGCCGAGCCGCUGUUCGUCUACCGAGCCGGCGCACCGCCGGCCGUCAAUGCCAGCUACGGCCCGUUCUGGGCAGAGCAGGUGGUCCCCGCCGAGCUCCUGCUGAUGCCUGCACGUUUCGGGAGGCUGGAGAAGUUCCCCUUCAACUGGAAGCUGAAGUCCCACAUCCUGGACAGCUCCAUCUACUCCAACAGGCCCAAGGUGCAGACCCUGUUCUACAUCAGCGGCAUGGGCUGGGACGACGGCGACCCCGGCCAGCAGCUCCCCUGCGUCAAGAUGUUCGCCUUCCCGGAGGCCAGGGAGGUGGCGGCCAGCUGCAGGCUGCAGGGCGCCCCGGGGCUGUGCGUGGCAGAGCUGGAGCUGCUGCCCGAGUGGUUCAGCUCGGGGCUGGACCUGGAGCCGGAGGAGGAGAUCCCAGCCCUCCUGGGGGGCACCGCCAUGGAGCUCUUCUUCUCGCUCUACCCUGCGGACGAGGCUGGCGGGUGCCCGCUGGAGGACCAGGGCAGGUGGGAGAACAACAUCCACUCAGGCCACGAGGGGCCCCUGCCUGCGGCCCCUGCCCGCGAGCGCAUCGGCAGCGUGGUGGUUUACCCCACACAGGACGACCUGCGCUGGUCCCUGCUGAGCCUGGACCACAACAUUGCUCUCUCCGUCCCCCUGAACCUCAUCCGCGAAGGCGACGCGGCCACCUUCCUGGUCUCCCUGGCGAGCGGCUCUGCGUCAGACCAGUUCACUCUUCGAAUCAAGGCGGCGGCAGGCGUGAAGAUCACAGCGGUGAGGGUCAGCAGUGAGGGCCAGUGGGCCGUGCAGGAGGAGAUCGAGCAUGGCGACACCCAGACCACUGCCGCCCUGGCCUGCGUGGGCCGCCACCCCGACACCCAGAGCAGACCCAACGGCUCCUUCUACGAGAUCCUGCAAGUGGACUUUGGAAUGGACAACAGCAGUGGCCUGGCCGGGGCCCAGCAGAUCACCUGGCAGGUCGAGUACCCCGCCGAGGACUCCACGAGUGAGCUGGUGGUCUCCGAGAUCUUCGUCAGCCGGACGACCUUCGUGGGCAUCGUCCCUCUCGUAAGGGACACUGAAGUUUUGAACACGGCCAUUCUCACCGGAAAGCCUGUGACCGUCCCUGUCAAGGUCGUCGGGGUUCAGGAGGACGGCUCUGUGGUCCACGUGGUGGAGGCUGUGGAGUGCAGGUCGGCUGACGAAGACGUGGUGAAGGUCUCCAACACCUGUGACUCCAUUUUCGUGAACGGGAAGGAGAUGAAGAGCAAAGUGGACACGGUCGUGAACUUCACGCAUCAGCAUUUCACCACCCAGGUGGAGGUGACCGUCUGGGCGCCCCGGCUGCCCCUGCAGAUUGAAAUCUCCGACACAGAGCUGAGCCAGAUCAAGGGCUGGAGGAUCCCGGUGGCCUCCAACAGAAGGCCGACCCGGGAGAGUGAGGAUGAGGAGGAGGAGGAGCGGAAGGGCCGGGGCUGCUCCCUGCAGUACCAGCAUGCCCUGGUACGCGUCCUCACCCAGUUCGUGGCCGAAGUGCCAGACGCGGGCCGGCUGACCUACAUGCUGGGCCCCGACUGGCAGUUUGACAUCACCGACCUGGUCGCUGAUUUCAUGAAGGUGGAGGAGCCUAAGAUCGCCGAGUUACAGGACGGCAGGACGCUGGCAGGCCGGGAGCCAGGAAUAACCACUGUGCAGGUUCUGUCGCCACUCUCCGACACCAUCCUGGCUGAGAAGACCGUGCUCGUCCUGGAUGAGCGGGUCACCAUCGUGGAGCUGAGCGUGCAGCUGGUGGCUGGGUUGUCUCUUUCCCUGCAGCCUCACAGAGCAGACAAGAGGGUCAUCGUCUCCACAGCGGCUGCCCAGGAAGUCCUCCAAGCCCCACAGCAGGAAGCAAUAGUCAGUACUUGGCUUUUGUUCAGUGAUGGUUCGGUGACACCUCUAGACAUCUAUGAUCCCAAGGAUUUUUCCAUAACCGCGUCAUCGUUGGAUGAAAUGGUGGUGUCCGUCCAGCCAAACCUUCAGUCUAAGUGGCCGGUGGUGGCUGCAGAGGGGGAAGGACAAGGGCCGCUGGUGAAGUCAGAGAUGAUGAUUAGUGAACCUUGUCAGAAGACCAAGAGGAAGAGUGUUCUUGCCGUGGGUAGGGGAGAUGUCAAGGUCAAGUUUGAACCAAGCGUGGAUGGGCACCGAGGAGGCAGCAAUGACAUCGAAGGUGUAAACCGGGACUACCAAGACCGCCUCGGUAACUCCAUAGAGCGGGAAGGAAGCCGGGAGCGAGCCGUGCAGGAACGGUUCCAGCAUGGCGCGUCCGCUGGCCCGGAGGAAAGGACCAACAAAAGCACAGCCCUGCAGGCUCCUGCGGGAGGCAGGGAAGGGAAGGUGCUCGGCAGUGGUGGCGCAGAUGCCUUCACCAGCUUCCCCACUCAGGGGAAGUCGCCGGGACCCAACAACCCCAGUGACCUUGCAAUGGCCUCGAGGGGCCUCACGGACCUGGAGAUCGGCAUGUACGCCCUGCUCUGCGUCUUCUGCCUGGCCAUCCUGGUCUUCCUGAUCAACUGCGUGGCGUUUGCCUGGAAGUACAGACACAAGAGGUUCGCGGUGAGCGAGCAGGGCAACAUCCCGCACUCCCACGACUGGGUCUGGCUGGGGAACGAGGUGGAGCUGCUGGAGAACCCGGUGGACGCGGCGCUGCCCUCCCAGGAGUGCACGACCGUGCUGGACCAGGGGCUGCAGUUCGAGGAGAGGAACUUCCUGCUGAACGGCGGCUCCCAGAAGACUUUCCACAGCCAGCUGCUCAGGCCUUCUGACUACGUCUACGAGACGGAGAUGCAAAAUGAGCCCGUGAGUUCUGCGGGCCCGAAGAGGAAGCGGGUGAAGUUCACGUCCUACACCACCAUCCUCCCGGAGGACGGCGGCCCGUACACCAACUCCAUCCUGUUCGACAGUGAUGACAACAUCAAGUGGGUCUGCCAGGAUAUGGGGCUGGGGGACUCGCAGGACUUUAGAGACUAUAUGGAAAGACUGCAGGACCAGAUGUGAGCUCCUUUUUUACGUUUGUAUUCACCUUUAUGCCUUCUGUUUUUGGGAUGGUGGAGCAGUGACUCGAUCAGCAAUAGGGAUGACUUAGCAGGGUUUACCUAGAGGAGGUCUGGCGGAUGUCCACCAAGGCAGGCCUCCGAGGCCUGGAGCCACGGCCGCCGGGCUUGACCAGGAAAUGCCUCUCACACAGCUGCACACAGGGCCUGGAGAAGUUCUGAGACAACGGUCCCUCUCCGGCCCACUCUGAGCUCGGUGCAAGUACAAUAAACCCGACCCUACAGAUACCGAGUCAUCUCAUGGCAACUGGCCACGUGGCGUGCAACCAGGAAGGAUCUGGGUGGUGAUUUUUCUACUCUUAGACCUUUUAAAGCACAGUGGAUGCUCAGAGCCUCUGGCCUGAGCUGAGACGUACGCGAGAGAUAACUGAAUGUAGCUUCCUUGUUUGUUAGGUCGCUCCUUGUUAUUUUUUUAUGUACAUUUGCACCCGCACACGUUCCUUUGUCCUCCGGAUUUUUUUUUUCUUUUUUGUGAAAUGUGAAGCAAAGAAAUUUCA